AUGCCUCAGAACGAGUACAUCGAGCGCUGGCAGAAGCAGCACGGUAAGCGCCUUGAUCACGAUGAGCGUCAACGCAAGCGUCAGGCCCGUGAGGGACACAAACAGUCCCACGAUGCGCAGAACCUGCGUGGUCUGCGGGCUAAGCUGUACCAGCAGCAGCGCCACAAGGAGAAGAUUCAGAUGAAGAAGCGCAUCAAGGCCCAAGAGGAGAAGAACGUCAAGUCUGCCGCGCCCGACGAGCCUUCCAAGACUCCUCUGCCCCAAUACCUGCUCGACCGAUCGCAGGAGACCAACGCCAAGGCUCUCUCCAGUGCUAUCAAGGAUAAGCGUAACGAGAAGGCCGCGAAAUUCGCUGUCCCUCUGCCUAAGGUUAAGGGUAUCAGUGAGGAGGAGAUGUUCAAGGUUGUCAACACCGGAAAGAAGACCCACAAGAAGUCCUGGAAGCGUAUGAUCACCAAGCCUACUUUCGUUGGUAACGACUUCACCCGUCGGCCCGUCAAGUACGAGCGAUUCAUUCGUCCCAUGGGUCUGCGUUACAAGAAGGCCAAUGUCACACAUCCCGAGCUUGCUGUCACUGUUCAGCUGCCCAUACUGUCCGUCAAGAAGAACCCCCAGAACCCUCUCUAUACCCAGCUGGGUGUCUUGACCAAGGGAACAAUUAUUGAAGUCAACGUUUCUGAGUUGGGUCUUGUUACCACUUCCGGCAAGGUUGUCUGGGGUAAAUGGGCCCAGGUGACCAACACUCCUGAGAAUGAUGGUUGUGUUAAUGCUGUCCUUCUGGUCUAA